AUGAUGGCGCAUCAGGACAGUUUAGAUCGUCGGUCUAUUGAUUCAGACGCACACGAUCCUACUUCAAUGACCAUUGAAUUUCUUCGUGCACGUUUGCUUGCUGAAAGAGCUGUCUCCAAGAGUGCAAGAGCGAAGCUUGAUGGACUCGCUAAUAAAGUAGCAGAGCUGGAGGAACAGCUCAAGAUUGUGUCUUUACAGAGAAAGAAGGCAGAACAGGCAACUGCUGAUGUCCUUGCAAUCCUUGAAGAAAAUGGUUUUACUGAUGUCUCGGAUGCUUAUGAUUCAAGCUCUGAUCAAGAGAGCUACACUCAGGCGAAUUCAGUGUCUGGCAAAAGUCUAUCCUGGAAAGGACGCAGGAGAGAACCAGUUUCUUCCGACAAGAUCAAUGAGUCGCGUAAUAGGAGACAAAGAGGUUUUGACUCCGCUUAUUUCUCCUCGCCUAGACAUCGCCAAGGAAGAUCUUGUCGACAAAUAAAACGCAGCGAAACAAGGUCUGUUCAUUAUCCUCCGCUGCUCAGUCUAGACACUGAUGAUUCUCUUGAUUAUAAGAGAGAUGGAAAUACAGUUGUGGAACUUCAAGAAAACGGAGUUCGCACUGAAGUGCUUCCCAAAACGAGUGAAGAAGCAUCUAGAACUGUUGUUGAUGUUACUGUAGUGAAGAAACACGAAAUUUCGCAGAAGCAUGUUGUAGAGAAGAGAAACAGUAUGGACAUCAACUUAGAGAGAGCGUUACAUAAACGUGCACAAGUUAUCGGAUCUUUUGAAGAUAUGGAAGAGACUCAAAAGCAAUGGGAGAGAAAGUUCACAGAGAAUAAAUCGUCCGCCCUGGAUUUAUGUGACGUAGGGAACCAUUCAGACGUGACGGAUGAAUGUAAUGGGGAAAAGGCCCAAGCUCAGCUUCAUGGUUCCACAGUAGUCACCUCACUCGGUGAUACAAUGUCUAUAGCCAAUGAAGUCGACUUUAAGAAUUCAUUUGAAACUUUGUCGCAUGGUUCGCCUGAUAAUUCAGUAACAUCAUCUGAUAAGUGCUGCAAAAGUUGCGUUUCCAAACCUGUGGAACAAGAAGGAGACAAAGGAAAACACAUUUCUCAGAGUCCUAAAAGUGAGUCUUCCCAUCCACGGAGCUGUAACGGUAUCUCUGAGCAUUCUUCAUCAGCUAUUCGGUCACCUUCUGUAACUCUACCAAACUCGAGAGGUGGUUCCUUCCGCAGUAAUGCCAAUACAAUCCAGAGAGUAGAUCAUUCCUUAGUACCAGUGGCAAAGGAAAAGUCUGAUACCUGUGAUACUGUGCUCACUGCGCUAAAGCAAGCUAAGUUGUCUCUGCAAGAGAAAGUCAAUAGCCUACAUAUCAGAAAACCUGAGUAUCUCUCUGAAAGCUCCUAUCCUUCAACACCAAACUCAUAUACGAACACUUACGCACUACCGAUAGAGGCAGCACCGGGUACCAAACCAUCUCUCCCUGCUUCCAACGUCGGGUCCAUGGUAGAGUUUCCUGUUGGCUGUGCUGGACUUUUUCGAGUACCCACUGAUUUCUCACCUGACGCAACAACGAGGAACAACUUUCUAGCUUCGAGUUCUCAGAAAGCUCUUGUUAGCCAUAUACCUGAGCAAGACCUUCCCCUGUUACCUGGAGAUCAACUUUUCACCAAAACAUCCCCUUUGUCAACGGAUGAUCGCCUUUUAACCACCCCAUACAUCGGUGGACCGAAGCUAUGGGCAGGCUUCAGAGCAGAUGGCGAACCGGUUGUGGAUACUCAAGAAUCCAGAGUUUAUAAAGGCACACCAAGUGUUUCAGGCGUUGCCAUCUCUGGUGGAACAUCUGGUUUUGAAGAGAACCAACUAUCCUCAGGUAGCUUCAACUUCGAUAGACAAGUAAGGUCAUACAUUCCCAUGACACCAACUCGAAGCUUGUAUCCUGAUUCAGUCCUGCGUAGUAGAGAAAUGUAUUCGACUCCUUAUUACACACGCCCUGUUGGGCUGCCUCCUACUGGUGGUUCAGGUGACGGCUUAUAUAGGCGAGUAUGA